UACUCAUUUUUUCUUCUUGCUUUUGGUAUCAGAUACUUCAGAAACGAGUCUUGUGGUAUCUGCUAGAUGUUGCAGAACCAAACUACAAAAUCACCAAACUGCAUCUUGGUCCCAUUCUCUUGGCGUUUGCUUUGCAUGGAGUAAUGGUGGUGAUUGUGCUUCACCUACCAAUAAAAACAAUCAGUCUCAUCAGCCAGUCCUUUUUCCCUCUCCAAAUUGGGGUCUACGAGGAGGAUUCUGCGCUUCGUUUACUUAUUGCUUAUACGUGCCUAAUUAGAUUUGGCCCCUGGUGGUUAGUCAGCUUAAUUAGACCAUCCAUCAGACCCAUAGUUCACAAGUGGAUUAUCACUAUCAGUUCUUUGCUCAAGUUAAGUGAUUUCUUGCUCGGAGAUCCCCUCAGAGACCGUGCAAAUCGUAAUGUGAGACCGCUGUUUCUAGUAUUUGGCCUAGCUGAAGGCUCUAUGGUCAGUUUGUAUGGAUCUCAAAGCGAUACCACCUGUGAAGAGGAUACAAACGACCAACGAGAUAAAAGGUUUAUGCUGAGGAUUGGAGUGAUGUUUGUUCUAGCUGCUCUGAGUAUGUUUCUUGUUAGUACAACCUUCAUGGCUCUACCACUCCUAGUGGGAAGGGAGUUCUUCCACUCUAUCUCUUUCUUCACGAUAAGUUUCGGAUUCAAACACGACGAUCUUUGUGCUUUCUCGAUUGGAUUCUGUAUCCUGCGAGGACUCUAUAUCGUCACUUGCUUCGUCUAUGAUCAUCUCGUGACGGAAAAAACAGAUUUACUUGUCAACCAUGUCCUGAUCUUCAUACGGAAUGUCUUGUUAUUCUCCAUCUGGAUCUCCAUCAUACCGGGAUUGCUCGGUCUCCUUAUUGACCUUAUGAUCAUCAUACCAUCACAAGUUCUGCUAGAUGAAUCCUCAGUAUAUAUCUUGUACCACAAUUGGUUGAUCGGUGUGGUUGUCCUUCACAUCUGGAUCAUUCUGACUAUGUACACUGGGAUCAACUGUUUCACGACUGUGGCAUGGCGGGAAAAGCUGCAGAGAAUCAGAAGCGUUGGAAUCAACCGACUUCCUUUUAAGUGGCUGAUUCGAGACGUUAUUGAUUCGAUCAUAGUGUCCCUGUUAUUCACUCUAUGUGUUCCCUACGUGGUGGUGAACUCUCUGUUCCCGAUUCUUGGAUUUUCCAGUGAAGUCAACUUAGCCGUCCAGCGGUUCAUUUGGCCGGCGAUCCUAACCUUAAUCCCCAUAUGGUUUAUUGUCAAGCUCAUUCGUGUUCUUAUCACUUACAUUCACCAACUGGAAUUUGAUAAUCGAUACAAAGUGGGAGAGAGGCUGAUGGAUCUCACUGACGAGCAGGCUGGAGUAACAACGACCAAAACCAAUGGCUAACGAUAGAGAAUAGUCUUCAAUUAUAAGUACAUAUACAGUUUCUUAUGUUGUAGUAUCUCUUAAGUAACUAAUCUAUGAAAUGCAAACACCUUAAGACGA